AUGAGUGGCAAGAACAAAAAGCAUUUAAGAUCCCUAGAUUCAUCACGAAGGUGUUACGCGACAGCAGUAUAUAUUAGAGCUUCAAGUGAAAACCAAUGGACCAGUAGGUUAAUUUUUGCUGAGGCACGCUUGAGUCCAAGUAAAGAAGUGUCGAUACCAAGAUUGGAAUUAUUCGCAGUCCUAAUAGAUUGGAUAUCUUCUGCAAAAACUCUUCCAAAAUUCGUUGAGAAUCGUGUGAGUGAGAUCCGAAACACUGAAAGAAUAAAAUUUAUGCAUAUAGCCGGUGAGGAAAACCCAGCGGAUAAACCCACAAGAGGAUGCACUUCUACACAGCUAAGGGAAAGUGGAGCUUGGUGA